AUGGCCGCCGCCGCCUCUGCUCUCCUCCUCGCCCUGUACCUAGCACCAGUACUUCCCUUGUGCCUGUCGUCGGUCGGAGCCGUCGUCGGAGAACAGCAACCACUCCUCGGCGAGGCGAGCGCGCCCGGGUUCGCCGCGUGGCUCCGCGGCGUGCGGCGCCGCAUCCACCAGCGGCCCGAGCUGGCCUUCCAGGAGCACCGCACUAGCGAGCUCGUGCGCGCCGAGCUCGACGCGAUCGGCGUGCCCUACAGGUGGCCCGUCGCACAGACCGGCGUUGUGGCCACCAUUGCUGGCGGCGGCGGCGCCGGGCCCACGGUCGCUCUCCGGGCUGACAUGGACGCGCUCCCUAUACAGGAAAUGGUAGAUUGGGCAUACAAGAGCCAAGAAAGUGGGAAAAUGCAUGCUUGUGGACAUGAUGCGCACACCACAAUGCUCCUAGGAGCUGCUAAGCUACUUCAAGAUCGGAAGGGUGACUUCAAGGGUAUUGUAAAGCUUGUGUUCCAACCAUCAGAGGAGGGCUAUGGAGGAGCCUACUAUGUCUUGCAAGAAGGUGCCCUUGCCGACGCGUCAGCCAUAUUUGGCUUGCAUGUGGACCCAGCACUUCCAGUAGGUGUUGUUGCAUCUAAGCCAGGACCCGUCACUGCAACAGCAGGUCGAUUCUUGGCAACCAUUCAUGGGAAAGGUGGUCAUGCUGCAAUGCCCCAUCAAUCCAUUGAUCCUGUUGUGGUUGCAUCCACGGCAAUCCUCAAUCUUCAGCAAAUUGUUGCUCGUGAAGUCCAUCCCCUCCAUGGCGCAGUGGUAUCUAUCACUUUUGUGAAAGGAGGAGAAGCUUUCAAUGUCAUUCCAGAGUCUGUGACCUUUGGUGGCACCAUGAGGAGCAUUUCAGAUGAUGGUUUAUCAUAUCUCAUGAAGAGGAUUAAAGAGAUUGUAGAAGGACAGUCUUCGGCACAUCACUGCACUGCUUCUGUGGACUUCAUGAAGGAGAAGAUGCGGCCUUAUCCUGCUGUGAACAAUGAUGAGAGAAUGUAUGCUCAUGCAAAGGCAGUGGCUGAGAGCUUGCUAGGGGCAAAUAACGUCAAGGUUGCUCCUCAAGUGAUGGGUGCGGAGGAUUUUGGGUUCUAUGCACAGAAAAUGGCCGGUGCCUUCUUCACCAUUGGAGUUGGCAACGAAAGCACAAUGGUGGCAGUAAAGCAACCCCACUCCCCAUACUUUGUGAUCGAUGAGGAUGCGCUCCCCGUCGGAGCUGCAUUCCAUGCCGCAGUGGCAAUUGAUUUCUUGAAGAAACAUGCAUCAGUAUGA